AUGAUACGUUGCACAUUUGUCCUACUUUUAGUGGCUGCGGCCCAGGGCAUGCCUGCCCUAGAUUCAGAAAAGGACCCAGGCUUAGUUGGCAGCGUCUUAGGAGUGGUUAAGGAAUGUGUUGAUGGAGAUGUGUCCUUGUGUCUUAAGGAGAAAGCGUUGAAGUAUGUGGACAGCUUAUCAUCGGCGAGGGAGAUGAGUAUUGCUGAGGGUGUGACCCUUUUAGGUACUGGUUCUCCGAGAUCUGCGAGGGCCUUCGAGCCUCUGGCUGAUGAACCUAAAGCUAGGGAAGCCCAAGUAGAGUCCAGGCUAGUGGAUUCCGCUGCAGAUUUCCUAGAAAACCAUGUGAUCCAAUUCCGUUUGCCAACAUCUGCUGUUGAGGGCAUGAAGCGAUCUCUCGAAGAAGCUCGCGGCAAAAAGAAGAAGAUCAAGCAGCUCCUUCCUCUCUUGGCUAUUGCUAAACUCAAGAUCAUGGCUCUAAUCCCUCUGUUCCUUGGUAUCAUUGCCUUUGCUGCCACCAAAGCCGUUCUCUUAGCCAAGAUAGCACUCCUAGUCGCAGGUAUCCUUGCUUUGAAGAAGCUUCUAGCCAGUAAACACCACGAGACCAGCUACGAGGUUGUAGCACAUCCACAUCACGAAGAACACUACGCAAGCAGUGGUCAUGGAUGGGGAAGAUCAAUUGAUGAAGCCCAAAACCUGGCUUAUUCUGGCCAUGUAAAAUCUGAU